AUGCACCGGGAGCGGCGCCGGCCGCUGCCCGCCCCGGGGGUGGGCCGGCUGGGGCCGACGGCGGGCAUCCGGGUAGCGGCGGGGUCGGGGUGCCACGGCCCGCGGGUGGUAAACACAGGUGUAGUUUCCUUUGUGGGCGGGGCCAGUGUGAUUGAACAGGAAGUGUGCAGAGUGAUUGACAGCAGGCAGGGUGUGGUUCCCAGAGGGAGAGAGCAGCUGGAAGGAGCCUCCUGGGAACUGAGGCUUCACCGAGCACUGGACCGAGAACUGAGACCCCAACUGCACACGCACCACCUGCACCCCGACCUGGGAGACCUGGACCUGGGAGUCCUGGACCUGGGAGUCCUGGACCUGGGAGACCUGGACCUGGGAGUCCUGGACCUGGGAGUCCUGGACCUGGGAGUCCUGGACCUGGGAGACCUGGGCCUGGGAGUCCUGGACCUGGGAGACCUGGACCUGGGAGUCCUGGACCUGGGAGUCCUGGACCUGGGAGGCCCCCACAGUCACAGAGAGGGACAGGACUGGACGGAAGGCGGCCGCAAACUACAGAGUCUGAGCAGAGCAGAAGUGGGAGCCGAUCGACUGGUGCUGUCUUUAGACUGGUCCACAGGAAGACUGGACAGCAGUGACAUUCGCGUGGUGUGCAGUGACUCCGCAGGCUGCAUUAGCGUGGUGUCGCUGGGAGAGGGCGCUGUGACAGUUCAGUCUCAGUGGAAAGCUCACGACUUUGAGGCCUGGAUCUCUGCCUUCUCUUACUGGGACACACAACUCAUUUAUACUGGUGGCGAUGACUGCAAACUCAAAGGCUGGGAUCUGAGAACGGGCCCCUCCUCUCCCACUUUCACCAGUAAACGGCACACGAUGGGAGUGUGCAGUAUUCACAGUAGUCCACAUCGUGAGCACCUCCUCGCCACGGGCAGCUACGACGAGCACGUGCUGCUGUGGGACGGCAGGAACAUGCGCCAGCCGCUCAGUGACAGCGCGUUGGGAGGCGGCGUGUGGAGGCUGAAGUGGCACCCGGCUCACGAGCACCUCCUGCUGGCCGCCUGCAUGCACAACGACUUCCACAUCCUGCACUGCAAACAGGCUCUGGAGGGCAGCAGUGAAUCCUGUCCCGUGGUGGCCUCCUACAUCCUCCACAACUCGCUGGCGUACGGAGCGGACUGGUCCCGCCUCAGUCUGGACGAGCCCGCGCCCUGCUCCCCACUCCCCUCCACCAGCGCCGCACCAAAGCAGCCGCUCCCAGGGUCCGGCCUCCACCUGCGCAUCCAGUACGAGUCUCCCACGGCCAGCUUCGACACCUCCCUGGAGGACGACAUGGGCCGAUACGUCCCCGACAGCAUCGAACCCCCAACCGCGCUCCCAGACCAGCCGCCCUGUCCCGACACAGACUCUGUGUCCUGUUUGCUCGCCAGCUGCUCUUUCUACGACCACAUGCUUCACGCCUGGAGUCAGACUCUUCGCUCAGUACAGGCUGCAGUGUGGCGCUUCGACCCCACAUCCAGAGGGGGCCUUUCUGUGUCUGCAUAG